AAAAUCCCACCAACUCCGCAUACACGGCCAUGAACGAAUACGAAGUUGAUUUUUAAGUUCAUCAACUCCUGUGACGGAACACGGCAAGAUGAGGCCUCUCUCCCUCUGAAUUUCUUUAUAACUUUACAUUCUCUUCGGUCCCAGAUAAGCAGCAAUUUCAAUAUCAAUUUUAAUUUACGAACUUGGGCUCAAAGGUAACGAAGUUGAAAUUAAUAUGAGAGGUUUAAGAACUUCAUGAGCAAUUUGUUUACCCAUCUCAUUUAUGUCGGAGGCCGCGAUUCUAGGGUUCCUGCAGACCAACGAAUCAAUCUUAGAUUCCGGUCAAUUCGCAGCGGAGCACAAUCUCGACCACGAAGAAGUAAAAAACGUCAUCAAGAGCUUACAAGGUUUCCGCUACAUCGAAGCUAAGGAGCUCAAACGGGAGACAUUGGUUUUGACUGAUGACGGGAAGAAAUAUGCGGUGGAAGGGUCGCCGGAGAUUCAUUUUUUCUCGGCUAAGGAUGAUCUUGAGAAAAAAGUUAGAUCCUUCUGUUUUCAAAAUUGGAAGCACACAAGCUGCUAAAAAGAGGUGGGUUGCAAUGGGAAAGCAAGUCUCUAGGAAGGUUCAACAUGUUGAAGAUAAAGUGAAGGAGUCUCUUCUACAAAUACAACAAGGACUAGAACUUGACAAAGAAAGUCUCAGCUCUCUCAAAACCAGGAAACUCUUAGUAGCACAGGGAUGGACGGGAUAUUCUGAUGUUGAGAAAGGUCCUAAUUAUGCUCCCAAAAGGAAGAUUAUCGCUACUGACUUGACUCGAGAAAAUUUACACAACUGGAAAGAGUUGGAAUUCAAGGAGUAUAACUUCAAUGCUAAGGGACAACCUCUUGAUGCUGGCCAUCUCCAUCCCCUUCUUAAGGUCUCAGCCUCUCUGUCCUUUUGCCCAUCAGAUCAACAAAGUUUCAUGUCUGAACUUGAUUCCCAGGUCCCUACUGCCUUCGACCCGUUUGCUGAUGCGAAUGCUGAGGACUCAGGUGCGGGAACAAAGGAGUACGUCCACAUCUGUGUGCAGCAGCGCAAUGGUAGGAAAAGCUUGACAACAGUCCAAGGGUUGAAAAAAGAGUAUAUUUACAGCAAUAUACUUAAGGACCUCAAGAAAGAGUUUUGUUGCAACGGUACAUUGGUUCAUGACUGAACUUGGACAGGUUCAUGUUUUUUUUACAGCAAGAUACUUAAUUACCUCAAGAAAAAGUUUUGUUGCAACGGUACAUUGGUUGCAAACACAAUAAUUGCAUAUAAAUAAAUAUAUUAUCAUUUCAAAUAUCACUAGAAUAAAUUAUUUUCAUAUGUUCAGAAUAUUUAAUAUUAAAUCAAACAUACAUAGUUUUUUUAUCAUAGAAAAAUUAUUUUUAUCACGUAAAAUACAAUUUAAAAAUACUCAUGCAUUUGAAAUAUUUAGUAUAAAAAUAAUUAUCAAAUUGUUUACGUAUCACAAAGUCAUUUAUUAUAAUAAAAUUAUCCUUUAUCGUGUAACAAUAUUAAAAACACUUAUGUAUAUAUAAAAUUAUAUACAAUAUAUAUAGAGAGAUAUAUCUCUUUUAUUUAAGGAAAAUAAUGAU